AUGUCCGAAUAUAUAGGAUCACGCAUUUCUCUCAUUUCCAAGAGUGAUGUCCGAUAUGUUGGCACACUCAAUGAAAUCAACUCCGAGAAGUCUACCGUCUCGCUUGAAAAUGUCAAGUCGUACGGUACCGAAGGCCGCCGGACCCGACCGGAGGAGAUUAUUCCGCCUUCGGACCAAGUUUAUGAAUACAUCAUCUUCCGUGGCAGUGAUGUGAAGGAUCUCCGGAUUGAACAACAGCCGGUCAAGGAAACUAAGCCAGCUGCUGUCCCAUCCGAUCCGGCCAUUCUUGGGUUGAAACGUGUCUCGUUCAAGUUUGAGGCUAACCUGAGCAUAUCGCCUCAUAGUCCCGUCCUCGCGAGGCUCCUCAGCCUCAGCCAGCCCCAACCUCGGACGCGAACAAUCAGCAGCAACCUGGAGGUCCCGGCCCGAGUGGCGCUCCUGGGUUUCCACAAGGACCCCCUCCUUUCAACAACUACUAUGGACCUCCCCGGAUCGUGGGGCCGAGGGGCCCAGGCCCUGUUCCUCCAUUUGGCAAUAUGCCAUACCCCCGCCCCCUGGCUGGUAUCCGCCUCAAGGGUUCCCCCGGCCCCGGCGGCCCCGGUCCUGCGCAUCCGGUGCCGCGGGCAAGCCCGGCCCAAGCAGUGGCGCUCCGGCGCCGCGGGACCAGACCCCCAGGCGGGUCAGGCCCAAGCGAACCAGCCUCCCACAGAGCCUAAAUCUCUCGGUCAAGGCCCGGCGGCAGCGGCGCCUCCUCAGGAUUCGAAGCCGGCGAGGGCGGGCGGCCAAAAACCUCAGGCAGACUUGGCCCCUUCUGGAGCUAAGAGUAACCGAGUGACGCCCGUCAUUCCGGCCGUGCCUAAGCCGUUCCAAGUCCCCGCGAGCAUGGCUGGGAGUGCAGCUUCGGGAAGCAAGCCUGCCGCUGCGGCGCCGAGCGGCAAUGUCCAAGACGCUACUGAGGCGGCAAAGGCCGCGCAACAAAACGGUGGCAACGCCAUGGACAACUUGACAAACAGAGUCAAUGAGAUGCGCGUACAUGCUGUUCGAGCUGGUCAUGGUGGCCGUGGUCGGGGUCGUGGUGGCCGACCUGGCCCUGGCAAAGUCGAAGUGCCUGACUCUGACUUUGACUUUGCUUCCUCGAACGCCAAGUUCAACAAAGAGGAUGUUGUGAAGGAAGCCAUUGCCGGAUCUCCUCUCGAUGCCCCCACUAGCUCCGGCGCUGAAAUUCCUGAUCCGACGAGCGCUGAGCUGCCGGCAGACCUACAGGCUUACGACAAGAAGAAGUCAUUCUUCGACAAUAUCUCGAGUGAAGCCAAGGAUCGAGCUGACGGUAGCGGCCAGAAGGCUGGAGGCCGGGAGUGGCGCGGUGAGGAGCAGCGCAAAAAUAUGGAAACCUUUGGCCAAGGAAGCGUUGAUGGUGGCUUCCGCACCAACUAUAGAGGAAGAGGCCGUGGCCGUGGACGAGGACGUGGCUACCAGGCCGGAUUUCAGAACCGCGGUGGACGUGGAGGAGGAUAUCGCCAGCGCGAUGGUGCUUCGCCCGCCCCCGCCCCGGCCCCCGGCGCGGGUCAGUAA